AUGUCCAGAACACCAAGCAUCUACAGCGACGCCCUUGAGAUACCGCCCCAGGAUCCUAUGAGCGUUGGCACAGAAACGGGCUCUCACAGAGACAGCUCGCAAGAUCAUGUCAGUGUAACACCAACCCCCACACGACAGAUAGACAGCGCGGACUUUCGACACUCAGGUAGAAUGCAUCGUCAUUCCAGCAACGAUAUGGAAGUAGACGAAGAGCCGCAGACAGACGCAGAUAUGGAUAUGCAGAUCGAUGCCUCGGCAGGCGUCAACCAUUACACAGCUCUGGCUUCAACAUCAUCGUCAACAUCAGUCCAAGAAUCAUCCGCUGGAGGCGCCAGAGAAAGAGCCCACGUAACCACCCCGCAGACAGAAGGCAGCUUGGGAUCCAACGCAUCAGGCAUAGCAGCAAGCGGAAGAAGAGUCUCUGUGCCGGUGGUGGAUGAGAAGGCUCAGAGUGAGCUGAGACGCAAGAUCAUGGAUAUCCAGCGAGACUCAACAAUCAGCUUUACCGACAAAGCGGGGAUGAUCCAGAAACUUAUGUCAUCCAAGUGGCAUGGUUCUCAGAGGUCGACUGAGAGCCAAGGAGAUGGGUCGGUGGAGGCAACUGCCGACGAUUUAAGAAAAACCUUCCAUAACGAAGAACAGGGACAGCUAGGGUGCAAGCACUACAUCCGUGGUUGCAAACUCAAGGCCGACUGCUGCGGCAAAUGGUUCAAUUGUAGGUUCUGCCAUGAUGAUGCUAGUGACCAUGCCAUCAUAAGAAGCGAGACUAAGACGAUGCUGUGUAUGCAUUGUCAGACGGUCCAAGCUGCUGCUCAGACAUGCAACUCAUGCAAGGCUUGUCUGGCAACGCAUUAUUGCGAUAUCUGUAAGCUAUGGGAUGACGAUUCCAAGAAGAGCAUCUACCACUGCGACGAUUGCGGGCUCUGCAGGAUAGGUCAGGGCCUAGGAAAGGAUUAUUUUCAUUGCAGGAAGUGCAACGUGUGCAUGAACAUUCAACUCCAAGGAAACCACAAGUGUAUCGAGCGCAACCUGGAGUGCGACUGUCCUAUCUGCGGCGAGUACAUGUUUACUAGCACCACGACGGUGAUCUUUAUGCCCUGCGGUCACUGCAUCCACUCCAAAUGUCACGAAGAUUAUAUCAAAGCUUCUUAUCAAUGCCCGACAUGCUGGAAAUCUCUUGGGGAUAUGUCCGUGUACUAUUCAAAGAUCGAUUCCUUGCUGGCAGAGCAGACCAUGCCUCCGGAAUAUGCCAAUAUUUUUUCCAUUGUACUGUGCAAUGACUGUGAGGUCAAGUCCGAAGCGCCCUAUCAUUUUCUUUACCAUAAGUGCGACAAGUGCAAAGGAUACAACACAAAGGUCCUGGAGACAUUCAAACGAGUGGUUGAAGGCCAAGCACAGGUAGUCGAAAAUGCAACUGCCGCGGGUGCCGCAGCGGCAGUUCCUGAGAACAACAUCUCGGGUAGCAGCAACGGCCUUGCGGGAUCUUCUGUUGCAGGACCCUCUGCGGUUACCGGCGGACCAGGAUCGUCGUCAAUUGCAGGACCCGGCACUACCGCAGUCAACCUCGGAGAUGUAGCUCUCCCUAGAUCCCCACUGAUGGAUGAAAAUGCCUCUGGAGACAUGUCCAUGGCCGGUAUUUCCAGCAACUCGGCGCCGUAG